AUGAAAAAUCAUCAGUCCCCGCCCACUGGUUCCAGUCCGUUCCCUAAAGCGAACGUGACAUUUUCUGAACGAGGCCGAGGACGUGGUAGAGGCUGUGGACGUAGUCGCGGUCGUGAGAAUCAACGCGGUCGAUAUACCCCUUACAAUCGCUGCAGUUUUGACAUUAACAGGAUGCAGAGUAAACCCCAACAUGGGGAUAUAGCCGAAAAGGCUAAACAGGGAAAGAGGCAAAUCGGCAUUUGUAACCGGUGUGGCAUUGAAGGCCAUUGGGCCAAUACCUGCAGAACAGCCAAACACCUAGCCGAUCUUUAUCAAGCCUCACUGCAGAAAAAGGGGAAGGAGGUCGAGACUAAUCACGUUGAUAACGAUGACGACCCCGAUGAUGAUCUUUUGGAUUACGACACAACGCAUCUUGAUAUAGCGGAUUUUGUCGUAGAUCCAGCAAACACCCAGCGAUAG